AUGUCGACUGACAAGAUCACUUUUCUCCUGAACUGGCAUGCUACGCCAUACCAUCUGCCCAUUUUUUUGGCCCAGGCCAAAGGCUACUAUGCUGCUGAAGGCAUCAAAGUAGCUUUGUUGGAACCGAACGACCCCUCGGACGUUACCGAGAUUAUCGGAUCUGGUAAAGUUGAUAUGGGUUGCAAGGCAAUGAUCCACACCAUCGCCGGAAAAGCACGCGGUUUUCCGAUCAAGUCAAUUGGCACGCUACUGGACGAACCGUUCACCGGGGUCAUCUACCUUGAGGGAUCUGGGGUUACUGAAGACUUUACUUCCCUUCGAGGAAAGCGCAUUGGCUAUGUCGGGGAAUUCGGCAAAAUUCAGAUCGAUGAGCUUACUACUCACUACGGGCUGACGCCAAAUGAUUACACUGCCGUCCGCUGUGGAAUGAACAUCGCCCGCGCUAUCAAAGAAGGAACUAUCGAUGCUGGUAUUGGUUUGGAGAAUGUACAAAUGUGUGAACUAGAAGAAUGGUGCAAAACUCAAGGCCGCCCCACCUCUGAUGUCAAGAUGCUUCGCAUCGAUGAACUGGCGGAGCUAGGCUGUUGCUGCUUCUGCUCGAUCCUGUACAUUGGUGAGGUUGUUUGGCAUGUGUUGAGACGCGCGCUCGGCACUCCUUGA